AUGUUUCCAUGGGAUGACACUGAUUUGCCAUGGUCACUGCCCAACGACCUGUCGGGGGAGGUUGAUGGAAAUGUCGACGAUCACCUCGUUUUGGGUGAGCCUGUUAUCGACAACUUGAACUCAUACCGCCAGUCGGGCAACUAUUUCGAUGGACUCCCUCCGAUGGCCGAGGAUAUAACUUUGGAACCUAGACUCGUACCAACAGGUAAUGGAGCAAAUAACGGCAGGGAGAACCAAAUCCAACCGCUGGCACUGACGGCACCAUCGCCUAUAAGGAGUUCCAAACGACCAAGCACGCCUCUCCUAAACAAUAGGCACAGCACUAGGGGGUAUUUGAGGACGCCGUUGACAGCAAAUUCGAGUAGAAGCCACGAAAGGUACCCCGAUACUUUAAUAGGCGAGUCGUAUCUUGGAAUGGAAACCGAAGCCCUGAUGAAGCCGGGCUCGCUGGAACUAUUCAUGAACAGCGAGACUUCCACGGCUCCCCGGCAGAUAAAUCAUCAGCCCCUACCAUAUGCAACGUCUUCUCGGUCCAGCUCAACUGGAGAGGCUGCCCUGGAUCCCAUGGAGAGAUGGAGAGGUUCACCGCCGGAGUCAGAAGCCGCUUCAUGGAGUGCCAUCGCCGGUGCGUUGAAGGAAAUGAAUCGUCGUUCUGGUUCACGAGGAGAUUUUAGAUCACGCCGAACUGCAAGUCGAGCUGCCUCUACUACCAGUUUCACAAGUGCUCAAUCGAGCAAUUCGUCCCUCGCUUCAGCACAAUCCAGCUCGUCAAAGACAUCGCGACGGCGAUACCGCAACCCAACCAAAGCGCUUGGACGUGGCACUGGCUCGACAAAGGAACGACGAGCCUUUCAAUGCACGUUUUGCUGUGAUACCUUUCGGACAAAGUAUGACUGGUCACGACACGAAAAGUCUCUUCACCUUAACCUCGAGAAGUGGAUUUGCACUCCCCAUGGAGGUGCCGUGAUUUCCAAUGCAACCGGUCGAAGUCAUUGUGCAUACUGCAAUAUGCUAGAUCCAACGCCUGCACAUCUGAAAACUCAUAAUCAUGGUGUCUGUCAAGACACGCUGGAGCCUCACGUCUUUUCUCGGAAAGACCACCUUUUCCAGCAUCUUAGGCACGUUCACGACUUGGAUGUGAUGCCUGUCGUUGAUGAAUGGAAGAUUGACCCUCCGCCGAUUGUAUCCCGCUGUGGCUUUUGCAACGCCAGAUUUGAAACCUGGGGAGAUCGUGCUGAUCAUCUUGCACAGCAUUACCGUGAAGGGAAAACAAUGUUUGACUGGCGAGGCGAUCACUGCUUCGAGCCCUCCAUUGCGUCCCAAGUGAGAAAUUCACUUCCUCCGUACCUCAUUGGCACAGAAGCCAGGAGCAUUGUGCCGUUUUCUGCGACCGGUUCAGGAACCAAAGAUCAUUUGUCUCAAAUGCAAGUUGGGCAUGGGCCAUGGGCUGCAACUCCACCAAAUGUUGAAUCCUCCACAGAGGUAUCGACGAAUAGUGAUUCGAAGAUGGUGAGGAGGGAUGGCCCGGUUGCGAGUUUUGCGUCAUACGUGGAGGUACUUACGUCGGGGCUUGCGCGGUAUGCUCAGCAACAGAUGGGAAUGGGAGUGAUGCCUACUGAUAGGAUGUUUCAAGAUGAGGCGAGGCGGUUGCUAUAUGGGACGGAAGACGCAUGGGACCAAACUGCUGCUGAUAAUGGGGAGUGGUUGUCAGACUUUCGGAAUAGACAUGGAUACAAAACGCCUUAG